AUGUUACAAAGCAUCCAUUGUGGAACCGUCUGCGUCAGUCGCUGCGCGCAGGGCCAGUUCCAGCGCUCCCCGCUGCCCGCGGGCACCGGCUGCUCCUGCAAACAACCAGGGCGAGCGGACGCCUCGGGAGCUGCAGCAGGACAGGGGAAGCCGCGGGACGGAUGCUCCGCCACGGACCUUGCGUUCAAACAAGAGCUUGCCCAGCUGCGGGGGGAGCAGAAGGCAGAGGGUCGGGGCUCAGCCUGCCUUCAAAGGGAAGCACAGCUUGGCCAUCAGGAGCCAGCAGGAUUCUCCCAGUGCCUGAAUCCCACCAGCCCGGGGCUACGGCCGCCGCCGGGGGCCUGGGAUCCGGCCUUCUCCCAGCGCGACACCGAGCGCCCCGCGCCGAGCCCCGCGGCUCAGCCAGCCCUGCCCCGUGCUGCCGGUGCUGCCGCUGGCCACGCGGCCCGGCCCGCGCGAGGGGCCUCCCGGCACGGGCCAGGCCGCCCGCGGCGGGGCCAACGGGUCCCGGCCCGCACCACCGGCAGCGUCUCGUCCCACCACGGCGCGUCCCCCCGCCCGCGGGCUCGGGUGAAAGAGCCCGUGGGACUCAGAGAUGGGGGCGCGGGGACGGAACCCACGGGAACGAGCUCCCGGCGUCAAGCGCUGGUGGGGGGCUCGUGGUGCCGCCCCACGAUGAGCUCCAACCACAGCGGCUCCCGGAGCCAGAGGGGUGGCGGUGACCCCCCGCUGCAGCCCUGCGCGGGUCACGCGUCUGCGCUGCUCCAGCGGCAAAGGCCGGGCAGGGGCCGCGCUCCGGGCGGGCUGCACGGGGCUGCGACCCCGACCCCGGGGAGCGGCUCAUCCCCUGCCGGGGCAGGGGCCACGGGCCCUGUGCCUGCCGGGGAUGCCGUGCCCGGGGAGCGCGCACCGCGGGCGGGGCCGCGCCGGGAGCGGACCCCGCGGGGGCCGGAUCGCAGCGGGGACAGGCCCCCCCCGGCCCGGCCCGGCCCCGCGCGGGCGCUGCCCCCUCCCGCCCCCAGCGCGGCCGCCAUUGGCGGGUCGAGGCCGCGGAGCGCGGUGACGUCAGGGGGCGGAGCCUCGGCCCCGCCCCGCCGGAGCAACUUCCAUUUUAGGUGCGGGAGCGGCGCGCGGCGCGGCCCGACCCGACCCCUCCGCCCGCACCGGCACCGCGCGCCCGCAGCCAGCCCCGCCGCCACCGCCGCCGCGGGUCCCCGCGGGCCGGGCCGCGCCGCCGCCGCGGGGCGGGACCGCCCCCCACCGCCGGAGCUCGGCCACGGUGAGUCCCGCUGUCGUGGCCGCGCCGCUGCCCGGGGACAGGGGAGCCGGAGCCGCAGCCGGCGCCGGUCGGGCGCCGCACGCCCCCGCGGCAGGAGCGGGCCGGCCCUCGCUCUCCCCGCGCCUUCCCGUGCGGGCCGGGGCCCGGCCGCGCUCUCCCGCCGGGCCCGAUCGGGGCCGGGCCGUUGGAGUCCCGUCGCCGCCCGGGAGCAGGGAGCCAGGCGGGGCCGCGCCCCAAGGGGGGCCGGUCGGAGCGGAGCGGCGGUGCCCGGCCCUGGCGGGGGCGCUGGCGGGGCCCAGCCCGAGGGGGGCGACACAAAGGCGGCUGGGCCGGGCGGCCGCCCCGCUCCCCGCCCGGUGCCGGCCCGCCUCCGCCGCCCGCCCUGCCCGGAACAAAGGCAGCCCGUGUGCCAGCUUCCCGCGGCCGGCACCGGCAGGGCCCCCCCCGCUCCCUUUGUGCGGGGGUCGGCGCUUGGCUCCGCCGCGGGGUCUGUGCCGGGCACGGCACCGGGCUCCGGCUCUGCCGCCCGGAGUAGCCCUGUCUCGGCAGCCCGGGCUCGCCUUUGCCCGGCCGAGGACAGGGGAAGGGGCUGGAGUGCCCGGGGAGGGUCGAGUGUGCGCGGAGCAGGCGGCCCCCCUCCUCCCGGGCACGUCCCCUUAGUGGGCGAGCUCGGGGCUCAGAACCGGCCCGGCAGAGCCGCCCGCCGGAACCGCGGCGAACAAGCGGCGCCGAAAGGCUUCCAGGAGAGGCAGGACCCUGCCGGGCCGGGCCCGGGGCUCUGGCUCCGCUCCUGGCUGCGCUGUCAUUCAGCCCCAGCGCCCUUUGUGCGAGGAGUCGGUGCCCUUCUGCAGCGUCGCCUCCUGCAAGGCGGGCGCUCCCGCCCCCCCAGCGCCGCAGGGACUUGGCUGGGGGUGAAUGUGUGA